UUACAAAUGGCCGACCUCUCUCAUAAUUUUUGUGUUUUUUGUUAUUGAACUUUGUUAUGAAGAAUAUACUAGUUAGAUUAGAAAUAUGCGUAUAAUUUUGGUCCUAUUGGCAGUAAAAAAUGUAGAUUUAUGAAAUUGAUUUGAUAAUCAUCUGACAGCUUUCAGGUUUUGUGUCUAGGUGUGAAACGAAAAAACCCAAAAAAACAUCAUGUCUUUAAGAACUAGAAUACGAGGCUUUACUGCCUGGGUAAACCUCCGUAUCAUGCCUUAUAACCAUCUAAUGAAUAAUGUGUUAAUGGACUUGUUGACAGGGACUAGCAUGAAAUAUUUGAUAGAAAGUUUUACUGGACGGGAUUUAAAGAGACUGGAGAGUUUCGAUGGAUUGACAGCUCAGCAGAAACAGACAAGAGUUGAUUGGAUUGUCGAUGAAUUAAAGAAAUGUAAUGUCAUACCUGAUGAUGUUAAAAUAGAUGCCAGAUUAUUCGCUAUGAGAAGUGCUGAUCAUGUGUUUGAUUUAUUAUGGAGGUUAAUCAGCCAUGAUAUAUGGUUUGUUUGGGAAAGAGCAGAGUUUCUACAACACGAUGAUGUUGAUAUUUUAACACAAGUUCCUUUUAAGUGGACUCCAGACCCACCUCCUGCUAAGAAAAAGAAGAAAUCAAAAACGAAGAAAUCUCUGUUAACUGGUUUUGGCUCAGCUUCACUUGUGGAAGAUAAAAGUGCUGGUAAUGAUACUCCGGAAGAACCAGAAGAGGAAUGGAUACAAUAUCCGCGAGCAGAUUUCAUGAAAAAUUUCAAGAAGAAGCGAAGAGAUCUAGGGAAAUAUCCGAGUCCCGAUCACUGUAUUUUAGAGAUGGUCAAUUCACAACUAAAGAAAACCAAAGAAGGAAGAAAUUUAUAUUGCUAUACGAUUGAUGAUUUAGUUGAUAGUCGAGUUCUCUGUGCUCUCGUUAAUUCUUUUGUACCAAAUACAUUUACUGCUGAUCUACUUUUAAACGACAGAUGGACAAUAAAUCUAGUUUUACGAAUAGCUGAACAGAUGUUUUAUAUAGAAACACCAUUUGAUUCAGAAGAUCUAGUUGAUGCUGAUCCAAUGGCUGUGUGUAGUUAUUUUUGUUUUUUCUUUAUGUGUGCCUAUAAAUACAGACAAUCUAAAGCAGUUGUCAACAGAAUCGACUGGAUAAAGAAGUUAAUGAGAGAAUGUAAUCAUGUAUUAAGUAAAUUACCCGAACCUCCUAUUGAUCCACUUGAUAUACAGAAGAAAAAAGACAUGACAACAGAGACUUGUCGUCAUAGAGAUGCUAUUGUAAUCAUGGAGAAAAGAUUUGAUGUAGGAUACGGUAGGAAAUGGCUUCAACAUGUUGAAGAUUGUAAACUGGAAGUGAGAAAAGAGAUCAAAAGUAAAAUUAAGGACAGAUUUGAUAUUGUUACCAUUCCUCGUAAUAUCACCAUUAACGAUGUCUGUCUAUCAUUCGUUAUAAAUCUAAGUUUGACAAAUGGCUCUGGUUUUUAUCUGCUAGAAGGUAAAGAAAUGUUAACCGAAGGACGGAAAGUGGUUUUAUUCCAGAAAGAUACUGAAGAGUUUCUAGAUGAUUUUACUGUUAAAACAAAACUGUCAGUAAAGAAGAUAUUAAAGUUACCCAACUUGAGUGUGGUUGAAUUAAACCCAGCUAAUUACCCAGAUUAUGAUAUUUACAUUGAAGCUUCCAGUAGAAACAAGCAACUUAAAAACGGAACGCGAUUCCUGUAUCAAGUUUUUCCUGGCAAUACGACCACAUGGCAGAGACACUUUAUAAAAUGUGCCCGGGAGAACGAUUACGAUACAGUGGACAAGAUGAUCACAUUCUUCAAGGGUCAAGGGUCAUUUAUCAAUUGUCGAGAACCAAAAUCAGGAAUGACGGCUUUACAUUGGGCCAGUAGAGAAGGUCACUAUGAUAUUGUUCUAAUGUUACUGGAGAAUGGAGCUAAUAUUGAUGCCAAAAAUAAUCUGAAAUGUGCACCAAUUCACAGUGCCGUAGAAGGUUUACAGAGAAAAGUCUGUCAUAUAUUAAUAGAAUGGGGUUGCGAUGUACAUAUUAAAAACAGCAGAGGUUUAACUCCAAUAGAAAGUGCCAAAAAUGAAGAUUUUAAAGAGUAUCUUGUUGAUAUUUAUAGUCAUUAUUCUGAAAUUGUACCAAAAAUGAUGAAUGGAGACAUGAAGUUAUUUAAACAAGUUGUCCGUAAACAUGAAACAGGUGAAAAAGAAUUCUGUUGUUUAAGAAGCAGAUGUGUGAAUGGAAGUACAUUACUACAUACAGCUUGUUACUAUGGUGAUCAGGAAGCCGUUAAAGAUCUUCUCUCUCUCAGACUAGAAGUUGGUCUAUUGGAUUAUAAGGGUGCCACACCCCUUCAUAGAGCUAAAGAUAUAGAAACAAUGCAGCUUCUAUUAGAUAUGGAGGCUGUAAUAGAUUGUGAAGAUGCUGAGGGUAAUACACCGUUACAUGUGAAAUGUUACGGGGAAUCGGGUAAACCAUCACAGUUAUCCUGUAUAGAAUUAUUACUCAAUAAAAAAGCCGACCAGACAAAGAGAAAUAAUAAGGGAUUAUUACCCAUACAUUGUUGCGCUAUGCAGGGUAGAAUAGAUGUGAUGAAGUUAUUAAUGAGAUAUGAUAACGAAAGAAAAGUUAUUCGAACUUUAAAUGACGAAGAAGAACGUCAUCCUCCUAGUCUGCUACAUUUGUCUCUAGCCAAUGAUUUCAUAGACGCGUGUUACUGGUUAAUUGAGAAUGGAUUCACAUUUAAAGAGAAAGAACCUGAUAUUCUACUGAAAAGAAUAUUAACAGAACAAAUCAAACUAAAUGAUCGAGCUGUCGCUGCCAAAUUUUUAAUGGAAAAUGGAGCUGAUCCGAACCCAAGAUAUGCAGGAGGAAAUACAGCAUUACAUUAUGCGGCGAGUUUAAGUGGCAGUACAGAUAUAUUAGAGUUAUUACUGUCUCACGGUGGAGAUGUUGAUAUGAUCAAUGAUGAAGGGAAUACUCCGAUAUUCUUCGCUACUCAAUCUAAUAAUCAGUUUGCUGCUUGCGUUCUCAUUGGUCAGGGGUCGACAGUUAAACAUAAAAAUAUGCAAGGACUAACAGCAUUUGAUUAUAUCGUAGAUUUUGAGGAAUGGAUUGAAUCCGGAUAUUUUACAGAAGAUGUUAGAGCCAGAUUAAAAGCCUACAGUUUGAAACAUGCCCGUGAUUUAAUUCGUGCAAUUACCAAAAGAGUGAAGCCCUCUGCUAAUCCACCAGGUCGGUCUGAGAUGGGAAAGUCGACGAUUACACUUAAAUCAAACGCCUCAAGUCCGGUGGCAUGGAGUCAUUCACAGAUAUCCCAGGGUUCGAUACCAAGUCAACAUGCUAUAUUACCUCCCAUUGGUCAAGUGAAUUAUUUGACAUAUUACUGAAUACAUACGUGACAAAACUUCGGGUGGAGUAUUUUCACCUCUGUUAAAAAUUGUUUAUAAAAUUACUUCAUUAUGAGUGAAGUUAUGAAGAAUAUUGUAGUCUCGAUUUUCAUUGCGAUAAUAAACAAAGUCUCGAUUAUUACAUAGCGAUUGUGUUUCAAUCACAACCAUCCAAUGACCUAGUUAGUUGAUUAUGAGCUUGUCAUAUGAAUAAAUGUCUAAUUAUUAAUCAGACCCCAAAAAAGACCUGCAAUGGACAGAUUUCGCUCUAAUUUUAAAAAUAAUGUGGGUAUAUGGAGCAUGAGGAUUUAGUAGACCUAUUUUUAUACAAUCUGUGAUAUUGUACAUAAUAUUUAUACAUUCCUAUUCAGUAUUUAUAUUAUUGUUCUUGAUUAUAUCUAGUAUUUUAUAUUGUUGUUAUUUUAUCAUAAAUUAUUUGUAGAAUAAAAUUAAGUAUUAUCGUU